CAGAUUUUUCAGUAGUGCAACAAGUAUAUGCUGAAACACAAACAAAUAACCAGCUACCUCUGAUUGGUUAUAUUUAACAAAUACAGACAACUAAAAUUGGACAUGGAGGCUGCUGUUAAAGAAGUAGAUACAUUGGUUGCACAAGGAAAAUUUCAGGAAGCUUAUGACAGUGUAACUAAAGCACUGGAAACGUACAAUGAAGUAGAACUGCUAUGGAGAAAAGCUCAAGUGUGUUUUCUUCUUGUUUACUAUGUUUCAGUUAAACCAAGUAGAGAAAUCUGUGAACAUUACGUGAUAGAAGGCAUGAAUUCUGCCAAACGUGCUACUAGAGUAGAUCCUAAUCAUGCAAAUUCCCUAACGUGGUAUGGCAUUAUGCUCGAUGAGCUUGGGAAUCUGAAGGGAAUACAAGAAAGAAUUCGAAAUAGUAAAGAACUAUAUGAAUUGUUGAUGAAAUCUCAUCAAAUCGAUCCAAAUAAUUUCUUAACAGAAAGCAGUCUUGGAGUGUGGCAUUAUAUAUUGACAGAGCUCCAUAGCUCAAAACCCGAAUUAUUUAAGGGAACCGACUACACAGGAAACGAAUUCUCGUAUCAAAAAGGAUUAGAACAUAUGUUGAAGUGUGAAGAACUGGCUCCAAAUAAAUCAUUAUUUACUCUGGAAUACUUGGCUAAGUGUUAUAUGCGUCUUGGAAAAAAGGACAAAGUGAAGGAGGUUUGUCAGAAAAUAAUAAAUCAUCCUGCACAGCAUGUUGAAGCCCAAGAGGCCAAGAAGGCAGCUGAAGAACUGAUGAAACAGCUUCGUAAAUAACACUAAUGAUAAUAUUUUCAGUGAUCAUCGAAAUGUGCACUACAUAGAAUAUGAAAUGAAUACAUUUUUGAAAAAGAGAUGCUCACUGUUGAAAGUACAUUCAGUGAAACAUAAUUUUCAAUAAUUUCGCAUGUAUGUGACAGUUGUUUGAAUAAAUGUGUGUUGACUCAACA